CAUUUUCACAGUUUUUAUUUGACAAUCGAGAAAAGAAGGAAAAAAUUUUAUUUUUUCAGUUCGUGCGCAAACUAAAAAAAUAAUUUAAAGAAAAAAUUGUAAAAUUUACUUUUAACUUCUCAAAUAUUAAGUCAAACAAAGUACAUGUAUUGUAAACAUACAUUUUCAAAAUAAAUUUACCAAAAAAAAAAAAAAUACAUAGAAAAAAUCGCCAUGACGGUGACCAAUGGCGGUGGCAGUAGUGCAAAUAGACCGCGUUGUUUCUUUGACAUAUCACUUGGUGGUCUACCAGUGGGUCGUAUAGUUUUUGAACUUUAUAACGAUUUGGCACCAAAGACCGCUGAAAAUUUUCGUGCAUUGUGUACGGGUGAAAAGGGCACGGGCCUGGUGACGGGAAAGCAAUUGCACUACAAAAAUGUCAUAUUUCAUCGUGUUGUCAAAGAUUUUAUGAUACAGUCUGGUGAUUUUUCAGCUGGCAAUGGCACUGGUGGCGAAUCUAUUUAUGGUGGUACAUUUGAGGAUGAAAGUUUUGAUAUAAAACAUGAUCGUCCUUUUUUACUUUCCAUGGCAAAUCGUGGUAAAAACACCAAUGGCUCCCAGUUCUUUAUUACUACACAACCUGCUCCACAUUUGGACAAUGUUCAUGUUGUUUUCGGUGAAGUUUUAUCGGGUCAAGAUUUAAUACGCCAAUUAGAAGAUUUGCCAGUCGAUCGUAAUUCACGUCCUUUACAAGAUGCUGUUAUCAGUAAUUGUGGUGAAUUAGUGCGCCAGGUUAAGGUUAAAAAAGACAAGAAGAAAAAGAAACGGGCUGCUACCGUUUCUUCUAGUGAGAAUGAUUCUGUUAGCGAUUCUGAGACUGAAAAACGUAGCAAGCGCAAGGAGAAAAAAAAGAAAAAGAAACGUUCCAAGUCGAGUGACAAGGAAAAAUCUGAUUCGGAAAAAGAGCUUGAAGAAGGAGAAGCUACUGGAGACGAUGAAGAAGGUGAAAUACAUCCUUUAGUGACAGUUACAAAAAUUGAUCCAGAUGAAAUUCCAGAAGUUUCUAAUAAAUUUUUAAUGCGUGAUGAUCGUUCUAAAAGAUCACAAGAUAAAGAGGAUGGUCGUGAGGCUUCACGUGACCAUCAGGAAAAGAAUGAUGGACGCAGUUCUUUUGGUUGGUCCAAGAAAAAGGUACCAACAUCACGCAGCGGUCGCAUUAUAAAAGGCAGAGGUGUUUUCCGUUUUCGCACUCCAUCUCGUUCACGCUCUCGUAGUACUACGCCGCCUCAUUGGAAGCGCGCACAAAACCGUACUAUAAAAAUGUCAGACUUGGAGCGUAUCGAAGAGGAGAAGAAAAUGCGUGAGGAGGAAAUAAGGAGGCGUGAAAUAGAGCGUAAGAAACGUCACGAAGAAGCAGCCAAAAAUCCCAAGAAAUCAUUUUUUGAAUUGUCUCAUGGAGACAAAGAUGUUGAAGGUGCUGAGUCUCCUGAGCGUAAUGUGUCUAGACGUCAGCAUGAUGACAAGCAAGAUGAAAAGAAUAGGACUAAAGAACGCGGUGCACGCAGUGAUGAACGUGAAAAAGAAAGAGAGCGUGCAAAGGAUAAGGAAAGUGUAAGAAGUCGUAAAGACUCCAAGGGAGAAAAAGAAAAAAUAGAACAGUCCCGUGUGCAGGAACGUAAAAAAACACCCGAACGUAAAAAGUCAGUUGAUCUGAAUGCCUUAGACUAUGAACAUCAACCUGAUAGCGAAAACGAACUAGAUAACACAGCUGAUCUAGAUGAGUCCUUAAACAAGAGAGCACGUACUACUUCGUCAACGUUUGCAAAAGAUAAUCAAAAGACUUUAUCAUCUUCAAAUAAUGAACGUAAGACAGAACGUUCUGAAAAAGAAAGAAGCCGUAAGGAUAGUUCGACAAGGGAAAAAGAACGAGAAAGGGAAAAGGAAAGAGAAAGAACAAAAGAAAAGGAAAAGGACAAGACGGCUAAAAAAGCUCGUAAUUCACGUUCUCGCUCUAAGUCACGUUCGAAAUCUAGAGAACGAUCACGCAGUAAAUCUCGUUCUAAUUCCAGAUCCCCUUCACGUUCAAAACGUCGCCGUUCUCCCUUCCGCAAUGACCGUCGUAUGCCCAUGCGUCGUCAAGGUUUCCGUUCGCCCUUACGUCGCAACAAUUUUCGUGGUCGCAGAGGAAAUCCAUUUGGUGAUCGACGACGUCGUUCUCGUUCUGGUGAUCGUUUCCGCAACCGUUAUCCACUUUCACCUCUCCGAAGACAUUCACCACAAGAGCGUAGGCGAUCAAGGGAUCGUCGCGAUCAAUCAAGAAGUCGCUCUCGAUCACGUUCGGCUGGACGUGGUCAACGUGAUCGUGGCAGAAUUGUAGGUGGAGGUGAUAGAGAUAGACGAGAUCGUAGUCGUGAUCGGCGUUCUAGGUCAAAAUCUAAAUCACGAACGCCUUCACGCAAUCAACGCCGUGGAAAUCGUUCUAGGUCACGAUCACCUAAACGUUCUCGUUCUACAGAGCGACGUCAAAGAAAAUCUAGUGAUCGUCACUCCUCACCAAAGAAAUCGAAUGAACAAAACACAUCCGCCUCUAGUGGCAGUAUGACCGAAGAAAAAGCUGCCCGUGAAAAACAACAGAAACGUGCCGAAGCUCUGCUGAUGUUUAAAGAUCACAUGCGCAAAGAGAUUGCCAAAGAGGAGGAAAAACGCGCCGAGAGGCAACGUAUUGAAGAUUUGGAAAAAGAAAAAACUGCUAGAGAAUUGGAACAGCUAGAACGUUUAAAGCAAGAAACACUCAAAAAAUUAGAGGAACAUGAGAAACUUAAGAAACUAACAGUUAUAGCAGCAGUGGCAGCCGCUGUUAGCUCUACCAACGAUGACAAAGAUGAAAAAUCGCGCGAUAAGAAAAAGAAACGUAAGAAAUCCAAGAAACAUGCGCGAUCUUCUUCAGCUUCCGACUCUGAUUGAGUACUUUGGCCAUUUCUAAAGCAAUUUUCUAACUCUUUACUUACGAGUUAUAUUUUCAGGCAUGUAUAAAGGUGUUUUUAUAUAAAAAUUUAACAGAAUUAAUUGUAUCGUUGUGUGAAUACAAAACUAUUAAUGAAUGUAUGAAUUAAAUAAAUUUUAUUAUAUUUUCAUCUCAA